AUGAGGAAUUUCAACACCGUUCUCGCCACUCUGGCACUUGCCAGCACCGCCUGUGCACAAGGAUCUUUGUGGAAUGGGACCUCGCCGCUCUACAAGAAUCCCAAUGCCACCAUCGAUGAUCGAGUGUCCGACCUCUUGAGCCGCAUGACAAUAGAGGAUAAGGCGUCCCAACUGCUCCAGGGCGAUUUCACCAACUGGAUCAAUGUCACAGAUGGCAGUUUCAAUGCCAGCGGCCUGGAAUGGAACAUGCAGAAUCGGGCGGCCGCCUUCUAUGUUGGCUACUAUACCAACUGGACAACUCUUUCCAGCGGUAUCAAGGUUGCUCAGGACUAUCUGACCCAGAACACAACCCUCGGCAUCCCCGCCUGGGUUCAGUCCGAGGGCAUCCACGGCUUCCUGGCUGCCAAUGCCACCGUGUUCAACUCGCCGAUCGCCCACGCCUGCGCAUGGAAUCCCGACCUGGUCGAGAAGAUGGGUAAGGCGAUCGCACAAGAAGCCCUUGCUCUGGGUGUGAACAACAUCUUUGGGCCCCUGGGGGAUCUCGCUCGUGAGCUGAGGUUUGGCCGAGUCGAGGAGACAUACGGAGAGGACCCCUACUUGUCAGGAGAACUGGCAUAUAGCUAUGUCAAGGGACUGCAGUCCGGAAAGGUCGCGGCAAUGGUGAAGCACUUUGCUGGCUUUGCUACGCCAGAACAAGGCAUCAACACCGCGCCCGUCCACGGGGGAGAGCGAGAGCUUCUGACAACCUACUUGCCCUCGUUCAAGCGGGCGAUCAUCGACGCCGAGGCAGUGAGCAUCAUGUCGGCGUAUCACUGCUAUGACGGCGUGCCAGCAGUCGCCGACUACCAUCUCUUGACAGAGAUUCUUCGGGAUUCCUGGGGCUAUGAAUACUUCGUCAUGAGCGACGCUGGUGGCACUGAUCGUGUUUGCUCGGCCUUUGGACUCUGCCGAGCCUCGCCUAUCGACUCCGAAGCCGUGGUCUCGCUGGUCCUUCCAUCCGGAAACGACGUCGAGAUGGGCGGUGGAUCUUACAACUUCCAAAAGAUCCCCGAUAUGGUUGAGGCCGGCACGCUCGAUGAAGCCAUUGUCGAUCUUGCAGUCUCGCGAGUGCUCCGGGCCAAGUUCAAGAUGGGGUUGUUCGAAAACCCCUUCCCCGGAGUUCCGGAGGAUGAGUUUGGAGACUACAUCAACACCAACGAAACGCAGCAACUCGCACGUCAACUUGACACUGAGUCCAUCGUCCUGCUUGAGAACCACGACAACGUCCUCCCGUUGAGCAAGUCGGCUAAUGUGGCUGUCAUUGGGCCCAUGGCCUCUGGCCUGAUGAACUAUGGCGACUAUGUUGUCUACAAAUCCAACUACCGCGGCGUCACUCCACUCGACGGCAUCAAUGCCGUCAGUGAGGGCACGGUGACCUUCGCCCAGGGUUGCGAGCGCUGGUCAACCGACGAGUCUGGAUUCCCCGAGGCCAUCGCCGCCGCAGAAGCAGCCGAUGUCGCCGUUGUAGUCGUGGGAACAUGGUCACGCGAUCAAGGCGAGCUUUGGACGGGCUUGAAUGCGACCACUGGCGAGCACAUUGACAUCUCAGACUUCAAGCUUGUCGGUGCCAUGCCGAAGCUAGUUCAGGCUAUCAUCAACACUGGCAAGCCGACUGUGGUAGUCUACAGCUCCGGGAAGCCAAUCACUGAGCCAUGGAUCAGCAAGAAUGCCUCAGCGCUUGUGCAGCAAUUCUAUCCUUCUGAGCAGGGAGGCAAUGCUCUUGCUGAUGUGCUGUAUGGAAACUAUAACCCCAGCGGACGCUUGAGUGUUUCCUUCCCGUACGACGUGGGAACGACUCCUAUCUACUAUGACUUCCUCAACUCGGCUCGUGCCUAUCCUAAUCCUGGACACGUAUACCCUAACGGAACAUUGGUGUACGGCAACAACUAUGUGCUGCAGUCGCCCUUGGCGAUGUACGACUUUGGAUACGGCCUGUCGUACUCCAACUUCUCGUACUCGCCCGUCUCUCUGUCGUCCACCACUGCGUCCGCGACCGACACCAUCACGGUCUCCGUCGACGUGACUAACAACAGCACAGUCGACGGCACAGAGGUGGUACAGGUCUACGUCAAGGACGACGUCUCCUCGGUUGUGGUCCCGAACAAGCAGCUCAAGGGCUUCGCCAAGGUCCCUAUCGCAGCCGGUGCCACCGAGACGGUCAAGGUCGAUGUCAAUGUAGCGGAUCUAGGCUUGUGGAACAUAAAGUUGAACUAUGUCGUCGAGCCUGGUAACUUCACCAUUCUUGUCGGCAGCUCGAGUGGUAACUUGCCUGUGAACGCUACCUUGACAGUAGCAUGA